AUGGGGCCGCCAGACGAGCCACUACCUGUCUUGCUACAACACAAGCCUACACCGCUACCAAAUUCCAACGUCACCUUCCGCGUUCGCGGCGUGCCUCUCGAUUGGAGCGCCCACCGUCUACAGUCAUUCCUGGCAGAACCUGACCCCCUCAGCGUCCCGGUCGUCAGGUCCCUCGCUCGCGAGAUCCACGACCGCUCCAACACUGCCACGGUGACCUUUCAAGUUCUUCCAUCUCAACUUCAAGGGCUCAAAGCGGCUCAUUCUUCAUGGAACAUCCCGCUGCCUGCAGGGUCUGAAGACCACAACCAGCCCCUUCACAUUCAGUUCGUGACAAUCGACGAUGAUUUCGAGGGUAUAACCACUCUGCACAUGCCAUUGUCAGAGAGUCACAAUGUUGAUUUCGUUGCAAUUCCAGGCCUUGGCGGACACGCCUUCGGUUCAUUCAAGGAAAGGGGCGGAGGCCACAUAUGGCUACGUGACUCUCUUCCAUUCCACCUCAGAGAAGCGGCGCGUCAACCUCUGAUGGCUCGAGUGAUGACUUGGGGCUACAAUUCCACUCUUGCUGGGAGCGAAAAUAUGCAAAAUAUAGAAGACCUGGCGACGCAACUCCGUACCAGCCUACUCCCAUUAGCUAGCCCCCCGACUAGGCCGAUCAUUCUGAUUGCUCAUAGCAUGGGAGGACUGGUUGUGAAGCAGGCUCUGGUUGACAUGUCCAAAUCCGACAAUGAACUAGACUCGCGGAUCGUUCGGGCGGUGUAUGGAAUCGCCUUCUUUGGUGUUCCGCAUCUUGGCAUGGAAAUCGGAUCGCUUAUCCCCAUGGUCGGAGACGGGCCGAACCUCCCCCUUCUUCAGUCUCUGGAUCGCAUCAAGUCGCAGAUCCCCAGCGUCGGCGAGAGUGAUUUGCCUACCGCUCUGGGUGGAAAAGGUGACUCUGAGAUUGUCUAUUUCUACGAAACACUCAUGUCGCCGACAGCACAAAAGGAUUCAGCCGGGGUCUGGAAGAUGACUGGACCAGUCAAAGUUCUCGUUGACAAGACCUCGGCAACACACCGCCGCCGUUCGGAAGAAGGCCCACAGCACACGUGUGCCAUUGCCCGCACGCAUUCCAACAUGGUGAAGUUCGGUCCCCAAGAUCACGAGUAG